CUUUCUGAGCGCGUCUCAAGCCUCCCACGCGACUUCACAUCACUGAACAUGCGUGGCUUGUCUCUAAUUACCACAAGUUAAGAAUUAAACUCCACUUUGAGCUCUCAACAAGUUUCUCAACUGCGGCUGUUAUGAAGGAAAAAGCGACCAGUUGAUUCCAGCGCGUGAAGCCGCGCGCGUGUUGCAGGUGUUAAUUGUAGAGAUUAUUAGCGUCCUCGUCGGUGGAGAGGAUGUCGUUGCAGGCGGCGAACGGGAGCGUGCUGGGCUGUGGGGAGCAGGGGAACCUCAGCGUGGAAGUUGGCGAGUAUAACAUGAGCUGCACGAACAGCUCCGACCUCCCCAGACCCGCUACCAGAGCCCGAGAGAUGGACUCAUUUCGUAUCCUACUAUACUCACUCAUCUUCCUGCUCAGCGUCUUUGGUAACCUGCUGAUCAUCGCGGUCCUGAUGCUGAACAAGCGCAUGCGAACCGUCACCAACUCCUUCCUGCUGUCGUUGGCAGUCAGCGACCUGAUGAUGGCCAUCUUCUGUAUGCCCUUCACACUCAUUCCCAACAUCCUGGAGGAUUUCAUCUUUGGAGCCACAAUGUGCAGGAAUGUUGCCUAUGUAAUGGGAGUCUCUGUAAGCAUCUCUACCUUCAGCCUGGUGGCCAUUGCCAUCGAGAGGUACAGCGCCAUCUGCAACCCACUGAAGUCCCGCGCAUGGCAAACUCGUUCCCACGCCUACCGCGUCAUAGCUGCUACCUGGGUGGUGUCACUGCUAAUCAUGGUGCCCUAUCCGGUCUUUAGUGUCCUCAAACCAUUCCCAAAGACCAACGAUACCAUGGGUCACAUGUGCCGCCUGGACUGGCCCAGUCAGCAAGCUGAGCAGACGUGGUACGUGCUGCUGCUGUUCACUCUGUUCUUCAUCCCAGGAAUGGUGAUGAUCAUAGCCUAUGGCUUGAUCUCCAGAGAGCUGUACCGAGGCAUCCAGUUUGAGCUGAGCCAGAACAAAGAGAUCCAAUGUCAGAAAAAUGGUGUUGGACAGGUUAUGGCCGGGUCAAACGAUGACGAUGAUGAUGAUGGCUGCCACAUCCAGGUGCCGAAAAAGCCCCCCUUUGCUGUAGAGCUUCCCACCCUUUCUGCCUCAUCCAGCGCCAUCCGGGCCAAGACUGAGCGUGCACGUAGCAACACGUCCGAGGCCAAGCUCCAGGCCAAGAGGCGAGUAAUCCGCAUGUUGAUGGUGAUUGUAGCCCUCUUCUUCAUCUGCUGGAUGCCCGUGUACUCAGCCAACACCUGGAAGGCCUUUGACCCCAAUUCCGCCUCCAGAGCCCUUUCAGGAGCUCCCAUUUCCUUCAUCCAUUUGCUGUCCUACACUUCAGCCUGCGUCAACCCCAUCAUUUACUGCUUCAUGAACACUCGUUUCCGCAAGGCCCUGCUGUCCACCUUCGCCUGCUGCUGUCGAAGCCGUCUCUGCCGCCGGUGCUGGUGGCACAGGAGAGAGGGAGAAGACGGCAUCAACGCCACAUCCAUGGCUACAUCGAUGGUGACCUCCAUGUCCAAGUUUAGCUACACCACGGUCAGCACCGCGGGUACCUGCUGAGCCUCAAGCAGAGUCAGUGGUUGCAUCCAUGGCGGUCAGAAACUGUUCAUGUGUGUACCAUCCUCAUUUUCAAUCUUCUGUAUGUCACUCUUCAUCUUAAACUCUGAGUCAUGCGCUGAGUAAUAUUCAUGUCCUCAUUUUAAGGCCUUUUUCAAAGGUCUUAAAUUUUGUGCAUGAUUGAAGAAAGGAAGGCGAAGAAAACGGUGUUUCAGUUUGGUGACAUUCUCUUACCUCUUCUUUUACUGGCAGCAACCGCUCUACUGCAUCCUGAACGAGAGAACAUCAAGUGCCUGUGCUUCUUGUGUAGCUUUGUUUGUCAAGAUUCUUUGUUUAAUUACUGGGAUGGACAUUCUUGUGUUAACUUACGCUGGAAAUAUGAAUCCUGUGUAAAUAUAUGCUGUCUUUAUGUUGUAAGUGUGUAAAUAGGACAUGUUCUGAUGGAUAUGUACUGUUAAACAUUGAUGACAAAAACAGGACUAAUUUCUAUUCAGCUCCUCCUCUGUCUGCAUCAAAAUGAUAUUAUUGAUCUUGUAAAGAAGAAAAAAGACCCUUCGUCAUUUCCAUGCUUUUGUGUAUCAUGACAUAAAAGUCCUCUGGUUUUACCUGGUCUUAAUGGGGUAUAAACAACCACAGAUGAACAACACAUAAUUACAUUUGUGUCAUUAUUAAACAAAAGUAAAACCAAAAUACAGAAGCAGUGAAUGAUAAACUAAGUCGACCCUUACUGCUUCCACUGGAAUUAAGAGAGAAUUAAGAGAGAAGUAGCAGCCAGGUGCAAGUAUUCAAAAUGGGAUCUGUUAAAUAUUUUAGCUGUUAAUUGGUCUGGAGCAUUCAGGUGUGUGAACACAAUGAGAAGGAACACUUGGAAAAGAUAACUAAACAUUGAUAUCAUUCUUGAAGGUUGGUAGGCCAUGUUAUGAGAAUAAGGUUAUAAGGUCAUUUCCAAACUAUCUGGUGUCCAUCAUUCUACAGAGAGAAAGACUGCUUACAAGUGGAAAACAUUUGAGAUGGAUGUCAAGCUUCCUUGGAGUGGGCGUCUCAGCAGGUUCAGCCCAGGAUCAGACUGUGCAGUGCUCAGAGAGACUGUAAAUAACCCAAGAGCUACAUCUAAAGGCCUAUUUAUGCUGCCUCAUAUAUGUAUUAGGUACAUCUGUUUCAAGCAUUUUUGUCGCCCUUCAUUCUUUUAUGUUGCCAUGGAUAUGUAGUCACCAGUGCAGAGUUCCCUCCUACAUUCUGACGUCCAUUUCGAACACCAGCUGGUGCCUGUAAUGCAGCGCUAUAAAGUUAUUUGCAACCGCCUAACACGCUCACAUAGCCUUCCUUCAAAAGCUCUAGCCGUCUCUAUAGUUUUCCUUGUCGUUGUCGUCGUUGUCUUCUUCUUCUGCCUGCUGUUCUUCUUCUCUGGUUUGUGCAGCUCGCUGGUCGCAUGUUAGUUAUACAGCUCAACACUGACCCCUUGGUUUCCAGUGGUAUUGUUCUAUUUGCAGCAUCAAGCAAUGAUGCGCCGACCUGAAAACUCACCAACAACCGACAAAAGCGUCCGUCCGUCUGUCCGUCUUCUGCGUCACGCUUAAAUGGGCCUUUAGACUCUCCAGGCCUCAGUUAGCAUGGUAAACAUUAAAGCAACACAACUGAUUUCCAGACUUUUGUGCCUCCUAACGCCGGCUAAUUCAGCAUCCAUCUUGCAUCCUGUCUCUUUUCUGAGCAUCCACCAGCCAGUAAAAGUCAGUCCAAUCUUGACUCUUGUCUUAUCUCUUGCCUUUGUCACUUUUUCUCUACCUUUUCCUCUCUUCCUCCUAUAAUGUCCUCUUGGGUUUCUUUGCUGAGUCAGCCACGGUGCACAUUAAACAAAACAGCUGGUAUGUUGAUAUCCAGUUGCUGGCGUUUGCUGUAGUGUUGUAAAGUCAAAAUGCAGCUUUCACAUGAUGCUCUGUGCAAAAAAAAAAGAAAUAGGCAUAAAGAAUGUCAAUGUGCCAUCAAAACAAAUUAGAAGCACAGAGCUUUAAGGUUGGAAACUAAUGUAGUGUUGCUUUAAAGUUUAUGACAGAGAAAGCCUCUCUCUCAUGGAAGAACAUGGCAGCACAACUUAGGUUUGCUGCAUCUGAACAAACCACACAAUUUAUUGAACAAAUGUCCUUUGGACAGACCAAAGUGCAGAUGUUUGGUUAGAAUGUACAGCAGCACAGCUUGUCAGCAAAAACGCCUCAUAGCAACUGUCAAACACGGUGGUGGAGGGCUGAUGAUCUGGGCAGGAUCUGGACACCUUGCAGUUAGAGUGGACCAUGAACUUCUCUGGAUACUAAAGUAUCCUAGAGUCAAAUGUGAGGCCAUUGAGUUGUCUAAGCUAAAACAACAGGACAAAAAAAGAACCAAGAACCAAAAUCUCAGUUAUCUCAGCUGAACUACUGAAUCAUGGGGUUUGCUUAGUUCUUCACACUCAGUUUUUACACUUUGCUUUUUGUUAAAUAAUGACAACACAUAAAAUGUAAUAUGUAAUAUGUACUGGGAAAAGUGGAUCAUUAUAAUUAAGCAUGAAGCAUACCAAUGAAAGUAAAUGUAAAAUUCUGCAUAAUAUGGAAAGUGUGUGUAGGUGUCCAUACUUCUCUAUACAAGUGGUUGUUCAGUGUUGUAUUGUGUGUGUACUCAAGUUGUUCUGUCCACAAGUAAAAAAAUAAAAAGAAAGUAAUAUAAAAAAAAACAA